CGUGGUACUAUUGUGAAUUUGUGAUCGGCGUUGUGUUUGAUUAUUGGACCCAUCUAGAUAAUUAGUACUACCUUCGCAUCAGGCCUGCAAAUUUUGUCUCGUGUUAGAAGAAGGAUCGGAUAGAAUUCGAUUGUCGUGGUAUGAGCUUUUACGUUUAUCUUCCUCUCCGGUGUUCUAGUCUGUCUUCAGAUAAUGUUUUGUUGCCUGCAAAAUGAAAGUUAUUUGAACAUACCCGAGUGAAAGGUGAAAAGUUUGUAUUAGAUAUCCGAUGCAAAGUAAAACUAUAAGGUUUAUUACUCGUUACAAUAUGUAGUUUAUUUUGAAAAACAAUUUUGAUCAUAUCCAGUUGCAUAACUAGAAUUGGGAUUGUUUCGUUCAAUCCAAAAUUGAUGUGUACUAGUAAGUACUCUUGUAUGGCUGUCUGGGAGGAAGAUUUGAAGAGGUCAUUCAUAUUUCUUUUCUUAAUUAUUAGCCAUUAUUCCCUCUAUUAACCUUAGUCCACAUUAAUACCUUCUUAAUUACGCACUAAUUGCGUACUUAACUGCAUUUAGCUGGGUUGGCUCAAGCAUGGGUACCGGUUCUCUAAUCGCUAGCAUGGAGGACAAGGAGAGUACAUGAGACCCCUCACUUAGAACACAAGAUCUCUGAAAGAGUUCCAUCUGUUCCGUAAAAAGUAAUUCAUUCUUCAGUUUACACAAAACACAUUAAUUUACAUUCGAUUUGUGAGCAAUAUAAUUUGAACCAGAUAAAUUUUAUUACCACAAUAAACCAUUUUCUCACGCUCUUUCGUUCACAUAAAUGUCUCCCGUGAAACAUCGUAAUUUUAUAGAAUUUCCUCUAGAACUAAGCUCCGAUCAGUUGACUUACGACUGAUAUUAUUCAAAUAGUAAAAUACAUCAGUGAUUCUUAAACUUGUAAGGGGGUUUCAUCUAGAUCCACGAUCUUGCAAAACGCGUAUUAAGAUCUCUUGACUUAGUUUAGUGUAUCAUCAUGAUCCAAAAUCUCAUUUGACCGUGGUCUUACUUGCAUGUCUUACCUACAUGACAUGCAUCGUGAUUAAUGACACAACACAUUUUUAUUUAUUUAUUUAUUUUCUCACUUCUUCCUCUCUUUCUUUUCUCCCUUCUUCCUCCUCCCUCCGGCAAGCGAUCUCUUUAGUAGGUAUGUGCCAUGUCACCGUUCACAUAGCAUGUUAUGUAGGUAAGACCAUGAUUAAAUAAGGCUUUGGAUCGAGAUGAUACAAUAAACUCGAUGCACGCUUUAUAAAUUGUGAAACAUCCUUAUAAGUUUAAGAAUUGUUAGUGUAGUUUACUUUUACUCAAAUGGUGAUGAUGUCGAAGAUCUAGCCAAGAAUGAGGAUUACGUGCGCCGGCAAGAAUUUUAAAUUUGUUCAACCAGGAAUGUAAUCCUUUGUUCAGUCAUUAAUAAAGCUCUAUCUUUACUGUAAAAAAAACAAUGGCGAAAAAUAUACUAAGUCAAAUAACCCCUUAAAAUCACAAAUUAAAUUUUGGAUAACCCAAAAGCAGACCUAAAAGGAAAUCUAGAUAAAUUUAGGAUAAGAAAAUUACUCAGGUAGGAGUAAUAAAUACUAAUAGGGAGCCCUAGUAAAAUUAGCAGUUAGAAAUCCGGCUUACGUGUAGACUGGAGCAUCAGAGCACCGUUUCUUUCCACCGCUCUCUCCCGAAUAAAUCCGUCCGCCAUUAACGCCACCACCACCACCACCCACCCCUUCCCUUCUUCCAUCCUCCGCCUCGCCUCGCCUCGCCGCGCCAGAAUCCUCUCCGAUGAGCCGGAGCCGGAGAUGAGGUGCAAGCUCCACCCCUACGCCAACGCCGUCGGCGUCUGCGCCCCCUGCCUCCGCGACCGCCUCCUCGACCUCGCCGCCCAGCGCGACGCCGCCGCCGACGCCGCCGAAGCCGACGACCACCACCACAGCAGCAGCAGCAGGGCCUCCUCAUCCCUCUUCGCGCGCUCCGUCUCCCCCUACGCCGCGGCGCGCCGCUCCGACGCCUGCGCCUACGCGUCAUCCUCCUCCUCCUCGGCCGCCGCCGCCCACCACCACCACCACCACCCCAACCUCCUCUUCUUCCGCACGCCGCAGGUCGGCCCCGCCCGCGCGGCGGGUGGCGGCGAUGAGCCCGAGCCGCGCGGCAAGAAGGUCGCGCGCCGCAGGUCCUUCCUCGCCGCGAUCUUCGGCGGCGGCGGCAGGGGGCGACACGCCCGGGGCGACGACGACGUCGUCCGCGGCGGUGGCGUGAGCGCGAAGGAUCCUCCCCGACGGUCCACCUCCUGGCUCUCCUCGAUAGUCCGACGCAAGCGGCGGCCGGAGGCCGCGGCGACGGCGGCGGAGUCGCUGCCGCCGCCGCUGGACGAGGCGCCCGACUCCCCCGGAGGCAGUACCACCAGUAGCUGGUGGUUCCCUUCCCCCUCGCCGGCGAGGCAGCACCGCCGCAGGCACACCGGCGUGGGCGCCAGCGGGGACGGGAUCUCGGGGUUCGCCGUGUGCCUCAGCCCGCUCGUCCGGCCCACCUCCGGCGGCGGCGGCGGACGCCGGCGAUGCCAGCCGCCGGAUCCGUCCCCCCUGGGCGACACCCACCGGCGCAACCUGUCGGCCGGCGGCGCCGCCUCGUUCGGCCGCAACACCUCCCGGAAGCUCGCCGACAUGGGUAGGUUCCGAUGACGCCAUCUUCGCUCGCUCGCGCGCUUUUUUUUUCCCUCCUUUUCUUUUUCAUUUUUUUUUCGGGGGCAAUUUUAUCUUUGAUUUUUUUUUCCUACAAAAUUUGACCAAACAUUUCGGUACUCUCGAGGAGGAGAUGUGACGAUAUGAAUGGUAGUGUUUGCCGCUACGUGUUGACGAGAGGCGAAGAGAAAUGGAAAAAAGAAAUUCAGUGGAAAUUUGGGUUUGUUUAUGGUUAGGCAGUAGCAGCAAUGUAGCAUACUAUACAAAUAUUGAUAUUGGGAAGAAUCCUUCAAAAUGUUUAUAUAUUUUCUCUCCCUACCAUGUGAAUGGAAAAAAAAAGGAAUGAAACAAAUCAAUUAGCUGAGCUGUGUGCUCUCUCUGACCUCCUCAA